AUGAAACUGAAACUGGUUUCCCGGAGCGGUGCUCAACGCAUCCACGUCAGACAAGUCGUCUUGAAGAAACUCAAUAAAAUGAAAUGGAUUCUCAUUGACGAUGACAUGUUCUACAAUGACACUGCUGUAGAUGCGAAAUACCCUGAAGGGUUACCAGGUCAACGCCUACUACGUGUUACAAUUGAACAAAAUAAGUAA